AUGAAAUUCUUGAUCCUUUGCGCUUUGGUAGCUUCGGUGGCUGCUCGUCCUGGUGGUCUAUAUGGUGGUGGUUUUGGUCAUGGUGGUGGCUUUGGUGGUUUUGGCGGUAUUGGCAUUGCUGCUGCUCCAGCUGUAAGUUAUGCCGCACCAGCUGUUAGCUAUGCUGCUGCCGCUCCUGUGGUUAAGGCUGUAGCUGCUGCGCCCGCCAUUUCAUAUGCUGCACCUGCUAUUUCGUAUGCUGCACCUGCCGUAGCUGCUGCUCCUGCAAUUUCUUAUGCUGCUGCUGCUCCAGCUAUUUCUUACGCUGCUCCUGCUCCAGCUAUUUCGUAUGCAGCUGCCGCUCCUGCUAUUUCGUAUGCUGCCCCUGCCGUAGCUGCUGCUCCAGUAGCUGUUGCAGCACCAGCCCCAACCAUAGUUAAAGCCAUUACUCCUGCUGCUACCAGCUAUUCUACGAUCAGCACUGUUGUCAAUCAUCCCGCCACCAUUAGAACUGUAACUGUAGCUGCUGCUCCAGCCGUUAAGGUAGCUGCUGCCCCAGUUGCUGUUGCGGGUGCUCCUGCCAUUUCAUAUGCUGCUGCUGCUCCCGCCAUCUCUUAUGCAGCACCCGCUGUAGCCGCCGCUCCAGCCAUAUCAUAUGCUGCCGCUCCUGCCAUUUCAUAUGCUGCUGCUCCUGCCGUUUCAUAUGCUGCUGCUGCACCCGCCAUCUCCUAUGCAGCACCCGCAGUUAAGGUAGCAGCCGCUCCAGCUAUUUCAUAUGCUGCUCCUGCCGUUUCAUAUGCUGCUGCUGCUCCUGCCAUCUCCUAUGCAGCUCCCGCUGUUAAAGUAGCUGCUGCUCCCUCCUUCGCUGUUGGCGUAGGUUAUGGUCAUGGUUUUGGCUAUGGCGGCGGCUUUGGUGGUUAUGGCCAUCAUUAA